AACGCCCCACCCGGCCACCCCUACCCGAAGCUCUCUGCUGCUGCCGCUGCCGCCGCGCCGCGCUUCCCAUAAAAAAAAAAAACGCACGGAAACAGAUAACAAAAGCGCGAGUCGGAGUCGCUGAACAGCACAGCGCAGCCGCAGCGGAAGACGGAACCCGCUCUUCCCCACCCAACCCAACCAGAACCUGCUCCGCAUGGCACCGAAGCGCCCCGCCGAGGAGGCCGACGCGGCGGCGGCGGCGGCGGCGGCGGCGGGGGGAUCGGCCUCCGAGGGCUCCGACGCGGAGGCGUCGGCGGAGGCGGCCCGCGGGCACGGGUCGUCGCCGUCCCCGUCCAAGACGCCGCCGCCCGCCAACCCUAACCCUAAGUCCGCCGCCGCGCCUCCCUCCGCGGUCGCCGCCCCCGCCUCCGCCGCCGGAUCCGACUCCGGCGCCGCCUCCGACUCGCCCAGGGCCGCCGGCAACCCCAGCGGGCCGCGCUCCAUCGAGGUCAACUCCGACUCCGAGGACUCCGCGCUGCCCCUGGCGUCCGACGCCUACGCCGACCAGGCCGCCGCCGCUGGCGCCGGCGCCGGCGCCGACUCCGACGACGGCAACACCUCGCCGCUCCCGCCCCCGCGCCCCUCCCGCGCCGAGGCCGCCGCCAUCAAGCCCAUCAGCUCCCGCCCCAUGGACCCGCCGCCCCGCCGCUCCGCGGGCGGCUCCGAGCCGCGCGCCAAGCGCCCCCGCAGCGCCGCCGUGGCCUCCUCCGCGGAGCACUCGAAGCGCCCGUCGCGUGUCUGGAGCCAAGCCGACGAGCUCGUCAUCCUCCGCGGCCUCAUCACGUACCGCACCAAGCGUGGGGUGCUCCCUGGCUCAACGCAAGACAUUGGAAAGCUCCACAGCUACAUCCGUGGCCAGCUCAGUGCUAAGGUAUCAACUACACAGCUCAGUGACAAGGUCCGGCGCCUCAAGCAGAAGUAUCAGAUGCUCGCAACACGCGCCAAGACUGGGAAGGAAGUAUUCCCCACUCCGCAUGACCACAAUAUCUACCAGCUUGCCAAGAAGGUCUGGGGGACAAUGAGUACUGCUGGUGAGGGAGGAGGAAGUGGGUAUGAUAAUGCUGAUGCUGGUGAGAGCGAAGAGGAGCAAUAUGGCAGAGAGAGCGAUGAUGAUAUGGAGAGUGGGCGGGAUAACCGUCACCGCAAGAAUCAGAGAUCAGUGCCAGUCACUAUGGCAAAUGGCAAUGGGACUGGGAUCGGUGCUGUGAAUGCCAUUGUGAGAGGGAGGAGUGAGUUUGAGAAAGGGAAGGAUGUAUAUCCUUACCUGUGGGAAACAGUUGAGGAGCUGUCCAGCCAACAUCCAACUGGAGCAGUGUUCAAGAAGGCGUUUGAGUUGCUUGAAGGAUCGAAAGCACAGGUGAUGGAGGAAAAGCUGCGGAAGUUCAGGCUGACUGAGAUGAGACAGCAGUUGCGUCGGAUGGACCUGAUGAAGGACACACUGAGUAUGGUGCUUGAUGCCCUGGAGAUGGCUGACUGAGUCCAUGGGUGAUAUCUGGUGAGUAGUGCAUUGUUAAAAGGGGGAAAUUAGUGUCUUUUUCUUUUCUAGAUAGAAUCUCUGUGGUUAAUUACUUACCUUUAUGGACAAGGUUGCACAUUCCUCAGUCAAAAGUUAGGGAUAGAACAAGUUAUGGUGUUCUCCUUGUUAUUCUGAACCAAUGUAUUUUAUGAUGCUUAGGUGCUAACUUUGUGCUAUAUACUAUAACAUUUCUGUUGUUUGUUUAAAUGUGCGCCAAUGCAUCUUUGUUAGUGUUUUUUUUCAA